AUGGAGGGAAGCGUCGGAUAUUCAGGGAGAGCCAUGUCCAGGGAGGAGAACAUCCCCUGCGCCUCCCUCGCCGUCGAGUCCGUCAUCCGCCUCGGUGGGGUAUUGUGCUGCUUUCCCUCUCGUCGUUCAUCAUCCAUUACGGAAUUGGUUGGUUUGUGCUUGAGGAGCAUCUGGAGUCGUGCAGCUCUUAUGAUUCCAGUGUUUUUUUUUUCCCUGUUGGCGUGGUCGCAUAGCUGUGUCAUUGAUAUAGAUAGACUUGAAUAGAUGCGAUUGUCCCGUUUUUUCCCAAGGCUUCAAGAUGUGAUAAAUUCUUUUCGUCUCCUAACAAGAUAUUAUAUUUGGAAAUGAUUUCCUUGGAUUUUGAAUUUAUGAAGUCAUUUGGUCGUGUGGAAUGCGGGUAGAAAUUUAAGAAACUCAAGGAACAGAGCUGCAGGCACUCGUCAUUUUGGCCCACGGGGGCGUCUAUUGAUACAGGAAUUACCUAUAGCCACAUAGCCUAAGGGGGGGGGACCCCAUGUAAGAUCGAACGUUAAGGUUAAAGUUGCCUGAUGAUUCUCCUUCUAGGGUUUUCUGUCCUAAAUUUCUAUCUAUGGUUUGAGUGUGUGCGUAAUGAUUCAAUAUCCAGGGAUUGUCUUGACUGUCGAGAAGACUCUUGGUGUCUGUAUAAUACCUGGACUCAUAAAUAUGUGGAUGUCAGUAGGUGGACUUUGGAGCCGGAAGUAUGGAUGCUACCUUUUCGGCGUGCAUCGUGCAUCAUGGUUGAGUAAUUGAGUUCUUCGAGUGAUAUGAGAUUUGACGACAGUUUUUUUUCAGAUUUUCACUGAAGCAUGAUCUUUGGUGACUCGGUAUUAAUAUAAUUUCAAAUAGGUUUAAAUAUAUUCCGAUAUUGGGUUAUGUAAUGUUUUAAUUUAGGUUUACAUGGGUGUUCCUUGGAGGUACUUCAAUGCCUGUUCCAAAAGUUUUCUUCCCAUUUUCCUGUUCACAUGAUUUUGAGGGUCCUCAAGGGAACGCCACUUCCUUGUCAGUGAGAUAUUGGAAAAAUGCUCUGCUGAGGGGUUAGAGAGGGACUUUCUUUAUGCAAUUUAAACGUGGAUUUUGGUCUAUGAUGAAGACUUGAGGAGCUCGUGUUAUCACAAGAGAUGUGCUUCCAUUGUAAAAGAAGUGUAGAUGUUGAGUUUCAUGAUGGAUUCUAAUUUUGAUCGCUCAUGAAACGGAAUGCACUUUAGACCUAUUUCUAAAUCUUUUUCUUUUCUCUUUCCUUCAUCCUCUACAUGCCAGUAUUCUUUCAUUGUAAAAGAGGUGUGAAUGUUGGUUCCAUUAUAUUGUCAUGUUAUAUGUGACGUAUAUAACCUGAAUAGUACACAGUCCAUCUCUUCACAAAAAGUAAUCAACAUAAAAUGAAGACAGCAUAGAACAUUCUUCGAUUGAAUUACAAAUUUACUGUUUUAUUAUUAGAGUUAUGUAUAUUUCAAUUUAUUUUCACCUUGCUUUCUUUUUGUUGCAAUUUACUUGUCAUGAAAUUUCACUGUGGGACGUUAAAAAAUCAAAUUAUUAGAGUAUUGAUAUUUCCUGAUAGAAUUUUCCAUUUAAAAUUGAAUAUGUAUGUUAAAAAAUUUCACCAAUGGAUGUGUCUCCAUCUGUUUCAGGCCGGGCUGGCUUGGGGAUUAUUUUACGGUUCAUAUGAAGCUGAUAGCAAAGGUGAGCACAUCCUAAUUGUUUAAAGCAUCAUAAACAUAGUCCAUCCUAUAAAAGGUUUUUAAUGUUCUUAACAUAGUUUUGACUGUUAAUAUUAGAUUUUCUGUAAUCAUUGUACUCCUUUGAUGCAAUGACAACAAAAAGAAGUAAAAGUCAAAUUGAUCUGAUUUUUCAUGCCAUUAUUUUUUCUUCUUGUUUCAGGGCUCACAGGGAAGUCGCGGGCAAUUCUUGUGGUAAAAGUGGAUUUGGCAUAUUCUUAGCAUGGUGGCUGCUUUCUAGUAAUACUGGUACAUUUUGUAGAUGUUUUCUUACCACACAACAGGCAUAAUUUUUGUCCUUGUUUCACUAACGUUUGCAGGUGAAGUUGGUCUCCAAGUGUGGUCUCUUAUGCGGUAAAUUCAUUUCUUAAAUUCAUGUUGUAGAAUCCAUGUUGAAUCACUGCCUAGCGGCUUUACUAGGACUUGGGUUUCUCUCUUGGUCGGGAGAAACACCCAUUGUCUCUGUUAACUCCUGCAAGGCAUAGCUACUUGUCUCUAAUCACAGAAUCCUACAGAAAUAAAUCACCGCGUUGAUACAAUGUUUAGAUAUGAACUCACACAUCCUAAAUUUUAACUUUCCCUUGAAGGUUUCUCUUGAAUAGUAAAAUCAAACUUUUUAAAUUGUUCUCCUGAAUACUGACGUAGCAUUAGGCACGAAUGACUCAUCAUUUUUUUCAUAUUUUGAUAUUGAUACAAUGUUUAUUUCUUCUUUGAUGUAUCAUUUUCGUUGUUUUUUUCUUUUCUGAAAUGACUAUUUGGUCUUUUUUUAUAUUAUUUGAAAACUAUUUUAUUUCCAUUCAAGUGAAUUAAUUUUGGAGAAUCCACGCUUGGUUUAUGCAUGCAUAUUCUUGCAUCUUAUGUUCUAUUGGCGUAUAAGGAUAAUGGUGAUAUAUCCCUAUUGUAAUAGGGAUGUAGUAGUGGUAUUAAUCAGGUUCAAUAAUGCAGAUAAGGAUAUAUCACUGUUAUCAUAUUGCAAUUUAUUUAAAGUUUUUUUGCUCUGACAUUUUUUCGUAUUUUACCUUUUUAUUUGAUGAAGACAAAAGGGCUUAUAUGAUCAGGAUGGCCAUAUACAAUUACCAUAAUGUUCCUUUUUAAUUAUGGGUUGAUUUUUUAUAUGAAAUUACUAUAAAGCUAUCUGAUAACGCUGUAUGCUUUACCCCUAUGACGUUUCUCAUUCAUAUGGAUUCUCAAAUGAAGGGUUAUUUAUCGGUAUACAUAAAUUUGGAAUCAAUCGUUGACUUUGUUUUUGCCACUGUUCAUGAAGGAAAUUCUAAUUAUUUGCAUUUGGUGUCACUAUGAGCACUAGGUGCCGUUUGACAAAAAUACUUGGUGCCAAAAAUUGACUUCGUGGGUUUGGCUUUGUUGUUUUAUUAAAUGUCUCCGAUUCUCCUUACACAGUUUAUCAUCCUCCCAAGGAUGAGUUUACGCCCCAUUUCGUCUCCUCACCAAGCAAAACCACCUUUGUGCAGAUGAAGCCAAUAACAUCCCUCAACUUUGGGCUCUUUCUGAGAAAUUUUGUGGAAAAACAAACGACUCAUUUAGUUCCAGAGGACACUUUUUUUUUGUAUAUAACUUUAUUUCCAAUAUUUAGACCAAUUUGAAGUUUAAAUCCUUGUAUUGAAGUUUAGUUGCUGCUUUUGUCCUUCAAUUUCUAUCUUUUCAAGAUGAUAUUGCUUGUUUAUCUUUGUGUCUCUCUUUAGGCUUUUCUGCUGGCACUUUUUCUGCAACACAUUGCAGGGUUCAACAAUAUCGAAUGAAGAAGGAUAGGGUCAGUUUUUUUCUUUUUCUUUCAGCUUUCCACGUGCUCUCAUCUGGCUGUGAGUUUAGAUGCCAGCAUGAUGCUGAAUACCUGAACACCAAUUUACCAUGCAUUUAUCUGUCACCUGAUAAUCGUCAAGGCACUGGGACUCGCCGACCUGUAAAGUGUUCCUAUUUGCCACAUUCUUAUCUUCCUACUGCUGAUUUCUAAUAAAAUGAUUUCCACAUCAUGCCAUAUGAUAUUUUUGAAAAACACUGUGACCAUGAAAUGAUGUGCACAAACGAUGAAAAUAGUCUGUAAUAAACUAAAAAUAGCUCAACAACCAGCAUGAUAUUAUAAACUAAAAAUGGUAAAUGAACAACAACGAACGCAAUUAAUGAGGAUAACUGUAUGAUGAUCAGAGAACACAGCGUAGUCUGAGGAAUGAAAUGGCCAGGGUGAGUCAUGGGUGCCCAAGCUGGUUGGCAAGUUGGUGGGUUCCCUAUAGUUUCGAGUCAUGGGUCCACUUGAAUGCUGUGGGUGUGGAUCAGCUACCUUGGUCAAUUGUCUUGCAUUGGACGUGCGGAUUAAUGUGAAUAGAUGGCUUACAAUCGUUCCUUUGUCCAUCGCUCCUGUGCUAACGCUCCCACUCUCACUCCCUCCUCUCCGUGCCGCUCUGCAGCUAAAUUCUUCUAUUGCGGGUGCGAUAACUGGUGCUGCUCUGGCCCUGAGGACAAGAAGCUUGAAGCAAAUCCUUGGGGCCGCGUCUGUUGUCUCUGCUCUUGCCACCAUUGCUCAUUUGCCUUGA